AUGAAUUCAUACUUGCCAAGAAAAUACCUCGAUAUGAGUUAUCCAGUAUCAAUUGAAGACUCUGUUAUAAUGGUGCCCGUCAAUGGAUUUCUUUCCCCACAUGAGUAUUUUCAGCGGCCAUUUUCCACAGGAGUAUGGUUGUGUAUUGGAUUUUCCGUUGUCUUUAUUGCAGUUUCUAAGAUAUUUCUUGACAAAAUUAUUACUUCAAAAGCUGACAUUUGGUCAAGUUUUAGUGAUACCUAUCAGAUUUUAUUGCACCUUCCCACAGAAAAACCAAUUACUUCAAACUAUCGCUUUUACUUGCUGGUGCUUUUGUUUGCCUUUAUAAUUGGAAAUUUAUUUAGGGCUUAUUUUCAAUCAUUUCUUACAGUUUUCAUUAAAAUAAAGCAAUUUGAUACUAUUCAAGAUCUAGCUGACAAAAAUGUAUCCGUAAUGAUCUCAAAUAACGUAUGGGAAAUAUUAAAAAAUGAAUCUUAUCCAGACGGUUUUGACAAAAUUAUCUAUCCAGUUGAUUUUUUUACAUAUGCUACUGAAUUUGUGUCUAUGCGAAAUACAAAUUUUGCAUAUGCUGUAGAUGAAAACAAAUGCCAAUUUUAUAUUGGCUUUCAAUCGAUGUUUCGAAAAAGCUUAUUUCGAAUGGCUAAAGAAACUAUUUACAAUCAUCAAUUUGGAUAUUUGCUGCCACCUAAUUCUCCAUUUAAGGAGAUUUUAAAUGACUUCAUCAUUGAAAUCAGACAAACUGGAUUGCUUCAAAAAUGGGAUUCUGAUAUAUUUCAUCAAGCAAAGUUACUAGGUUAUGCAUCAAAGAUUUAUACGGAUUAUGUUUAUGAAGAAGCUCAUGUUGCGUUGACAUUGAAUCAAUUGCAGUUUACAUGA